AUGGUCACUGACGGGGUGACGAUACACGCUGCGACAAAGGGCGGUCGAGGUGGGAGUUCAAAGAGCAACCGCGGUGGACGAGGUGGUCGUGGAUCGGCUCGAAGGAGCCAAUCACCUGCUCACUCCGCACUCCUCGCGGAGCGACAUGCGACUGCCAAUGCUGCGGCUGCGGGUGCUCUUGGUGCUGAUGCCAUUGAGCAGCACCUCCAGCCGCCGCAAACGCUGCAGCGGCUGCAGCAGCAGCAGCAUCAGCAAACGCAGCAGCAGCAGCAGCAUCAGCAAACGCAGCAGCAGCAGCAGCAGGUGAUGCAGCAGCAGUCUACCGCGGCGCCUCCAACACAGGCAUCUCUCCUCGCCCCUCAACAGCCGCCCGCCAAUGCAGCGCCGGCGGCAUCUGCGGGCGCAAGAGCUGCGUUCGCAAUGCCAACGCAGCAGCAGCAGCGACAGAAUCAGCAGCUGUUGCUGCUGCAGCAACAGCAGGUGAUGCAGCAGCAGCAACAGCAGACGCGGCAGCAGCAGCAGCAGCAGGUGAUGCAGCAGCAGACUACCGCGGCGGCUCAGACCCAGGCUGCUCUCCUCGUCCCUCAACAGCCGCCUGCCAAUGCUGCGCCGGCGGCAUCUGCGGGCGCAAGAGCUGCGUUCGCAAUGCCGCAUCAGCAGCAGCAGCAGCAGCAGCAGCAGCAGCAGCAGCAGCAACAGCACCAGCAGCAAACGCCACAGCAGCAGCAGCAGCAGGUGAUGCAGCAGCAGACUACCGCGGCGGCUCCGACUCAGGCUGCUCCCCUCGCCCCUCGUCAACCGCCCGCCAAUGCUGCGCCGGCGGCAUCUGCGGGCGCAAGAGCUGCGUUCGCAAUGCCGCAUCAGCAGCAGCAGCAGCAGCAGCAGCAGCAGCAAACGCCGCAGCAGCAGCAGCAGCAGGUGAUGCAGCAGCAGACUACCGCGGCGGCUCCGACUCAGGCUGCUCUCCUCGCCCCUCGUCAACCGCCCGCCAAUGCUGCGCCGGCGGCAUCUGCGGGCGCAAGAGCUGCGUUCGCAAUGCCGCAUCAGCAGCAGCAGCAGCAGCAGCAGCAGCAGCAAACGCCGCAACAGCAGCAGCAGCAGGCUGCUCUCCUCGCCCCUCGUCAACCGCCCGCCAAUGCUGCGCCGGCGGCAUCUGCGGGCGCAAGAGCUGCGUUCGCAAUGCCGCAUCAGCAGCAGCAGCAGCAGCAGCAGCAGCAGCAGCAGCAACAGCAGCAGCAGCAGAAGCAGCAGCAGCAGCAGCAGCAGCAGCAGCAGCAGCAGCAGCAGCAGCAGCAGCAGCAGCAGCAGCAGCAGCAGCAGGUGAUGCAGCAGCAGACUACCGCGGCGGCUCCGACUCAGGCUGCUCUCCUCGCCCCUCGUCAACCGCCCGCCAAUGCUGCGCCGGCGGCAUCUGAGGGCGCAAGAGCUGCGUUCGCAAUGCCGCAUCAGCAGCAGCAGCAGCAGGUGAUGCAGCAUCAGACUACCGGGGGGCCUCCAACACUGGCUGCUCUCCUUGCCCCUCGACAGCCGCCCGCCAAUGUUGCGUUCGCGUUCCAUCAGCAGGAGCAACAGGGGUUUACCACGCCAAUUGGCUCACCCACAUCUGCCCCAUUCGCCUCACUGCUACGAACUCCAGUUGAACCGGCUACUGCAGAUGCUACCGUUGCUGGACCGUCGGGCCACUCUAAUCUCUUUCUGCACACCAAUUCUACCCUCGCCACCCACAAUCCCUUACAUAUGCAGGCUCCACCAGCACCAGCCAACGCCACACACGGCGAGACUAUGCCGCCUGCUAAUGCUGACAUUCAUUCCAUUCCCGGCACGUCUACCUGCAGCGUUGAAGAGCACGAUUAUACAAGUUCCGACUCGAACGACGUUUUCGGUUCUCCGGAUGAUGACUCACCCCAAGCCCCGCUCGAUACACAGCACUACUCCAUCCAGCCAGAGACUCACAUGCCGGCCUCUCCGCAGGUCAAUGUGCCCGACCUUGCAGGUGCCCUUCCACCUACUCCCGUCCUUCCAUCUAUCCCAACAGGUGUUGUGGACCCGGGCACUUUGGAUGUGGGUGACGAUGCAGGGGAUGAUGAUCUAUUGGACAUUCUGGCCCCCCGUGUUGCAGGAGUUCCAGUGACCAGAGCAGAGUUCGAUGCCAUGGCUGCCCAUGUCCGGAAUCUGCAGCGUGAAAAUCUGACGCUGCAGAACCAGGUUGAUACUCUACGCCAACUACCCUCCUCAUCUCCCCCCCCCCCGAGCGAGUCUGAGACUCCACGCUACCUGGCAACUCGCCAAUCUGUAAGAGCUGCUGCUGCUAAUGCGUACAGCAAUCAGGUCCCACUGAACAAUGAGAUUGUGGCUCCAGAGUUUCAGGAAUUCGCUCAAGUGCUCGCGACGGCAAUGAGGACAGUACCCCCUCAACCCUCUGGUCUAACUCUUGUCAUGGACACAGCCUUGGACAUCCUCUUUUGGCGAACGCCAAACGGCCGAGUGGACUUUUGGCCGCCGCGGUGCAGUAUCCUCGGUGCCAUGGAGGUGUCGAUGGGGUACACGACCCAGGGGCAGAAGUGGAACCUUCUCCACGUCUACCAUUUCGAUCUAGACAGGCGGGGCUACGUCCGCGACAGGCUCCAGGAGUUCAGGCACAAGUGCCUGACGGAGGGUCGCUGCUCGGUUAUCAAUUCCUAUGACCUGCGCAUAUCGCGCCCUGACAGGCGCCGGGAGGUGCACGGAAGCACAGACGUCACCACGUUCAUCUCGGUCUUCAAGGCAGCAUCUCCCAUUGCCCUGCAAGUGGGCCAGCAGCAGAGGAGAAGGGCACAGGCAAUCAACUGGGCCAGCAGCAGGGGAGAAGGGCACAGGCGUGAGGAGCAGAGGCAGUUGUUAGCACCACCACUCAUCCCACCUCUCUCCCCCUCCCCGCCACUUCCCCUUCCUUUAACCCAUCCUUUCUGCCCACCCCCCCUAUCCCUCUUGCGCGCAGAAUCAACUGGGCCAGCAGCAGGGGAGAAGGGCACAGGCCCCACCCCCCCUAUCCCCCUUGCGCGCAGAAUCAACUGGGCCAGCAGCAGGGGAGAAGGGCACAGGCGUGAGGAGCAGAGGCAGUUGUUAGCACCACCACUCAUCCCACCUCUCUCCCCCUCCCCGCCACUUCCCCUUCCUUUAACCCAUCCUUUCUGCCAACCCCCCCGCUCCCCCUUGCGCGCAGAAUCAGCUGGGCCAGCAGCAGGGGAGAAGGGCACAGUCGUGAAGAGCAGAGGCAGCCACUCACCUGCACUUAUACAACCCCUAACCCCCCUCACCGCCACCUCCCCUCCCUUUGACAGGCCUGUUCCGCCCGCCUCCCCUCUCCCCCUUGCGCGCAGAAUGAAGUGGGCUAGCAGCUGGGGCGAAGGGCACGGGGCUGAGGAGCAGAGGAAGUCGUUAGCACCAGCACUCAUCCUACCUCACUCCCACCUCACCGCCGCUCCCCCUUCCUUUAACCCACCCUUUCCGCCCACCCCACCUCUCCCCCUUGCGCGCAGAAUCAACUGGGCCAGCCUCAGGGGCGAAGGGCACAGUCGUGAAGAGCAGAGGCAGCCACUCACCUGCACUUACCCUCCCUUUGCCACUCCUGUUCCGCCCGCCUCCCCUCUCCCCCUUGAGCGCAGAAUGAAGUGUGCUAGCAGCUGGGGCGAAGGGCACGGGGCUGAGGAGCAGAGGCAGUCGUUAGCACCGGCACUCAUCCCACCUCUCUCCCACCUCACCGUCGCUCCCCCUUCCUUUAACCCACCCUCCCGCCCACCCCCCUUCUCCCCCUUGCGCGCAGAAUUUGGCGGGCCAGCAGCAGGGACGAAGGGCACGGUCGUGAGGAGCAGAGGCAGCCACUCACCUGCACUUAUCUCACAUCUCGCUCCCCUCACUGCUCGUCCUCUUCCUUUGCCCGUGCACCUAUCACAACAGUCCCAGGGUCAUUCAACCUGUGGAUAUGGCACAUGA